AUGGAUAUCGACGUGCAACAAUUCAACACUCUCCCUCGGCCACAAACACUAGAUUGCGGCGCACCCAACCACUGGGUCAUCGGGUCUCGUCGUAUCGACGUCCUACCGCCCACCGAUGUGGUAAUCUUCGUUAUGCCGCAAACCGUUUGCGGCAUGGUGAUUGGGCCUUUGGUCGACUGGCCAUCGAUGACCCGAUCCGAGAAAGCCAAGUGCCUGGCCCCGCGGCUCAUCGACGCAUUCAUCAACGGCAGCAGUUACCCUUCAUACUCCUAUUCAGAUGAUGUUGAGCCGUUGGCACCAUGGACUUGGACUUGCGUCGAUGAGGAACGCUGUCACAUCGGUGGCACAUGCUCAUCUGAGGAGAGUGAUGCCAUAGACAAGAUGUUUUCUUGCAUCAAGCCAGCAGUCGCUCAGCUGGCCAUAUUACCUGGCGAUCGUUCGAGAUGUCACGGCUGUGGCUACUCCAAGGAAUUCCUUCCGGAUCUGAGAAAGUGCACCGGAUGCCUCAAAGCCUGGUACCACUCGGAAGAAUGCCAGUUCCAGCAUUGGGGGACUCACAUGCCCGUCUGUCUUGUUCAAGGCCGAAAAGACGACAGCUCUGGAGCACCACCUGCUCAUGUCAAAGACUCCAGAUUAAAUGCACUUCGCUAUUAUAACACUGUCGCGCGGACGUCACCCGAGGCUCAAGUGCUGAUGCUUUCUCUCAACAUUGCUAUCCCCAAUGCGAAGGCUAGCCCGGAUAAUGGGCUGUUCAUAUCGCAUGCAGCGUACAUCGCGGGUACACCAUACCGCUCGCCAAGACCCGCAACUGACGCCGAGGAGGACAAGCUUACAAGAAUCCAGCAGAUGCAGGAGACCAUACGCCACAACAUGGAGAUCAACUGUGGGACUAGUCAUAAAGACAUGAUGGCUUUGGUGUCGAAGGCACCGGACACCAGGCUUGAGCGGGAUUUGUAUCAAGUCGCCUUGACGACCAUGGCCAUGGGGUAUGAUGCCUCCAUGACCCAACUGGCGGCGAGGAUGGAGAAUGACAAAUUUGCCAAGGUCGAUCUGCGUUGA